UAAGCCCACCCAAAACCCUAUCUCACCCGUGCCUCUCCCCAUUCCCAACCCAGCCCAUACACCAAAACUCCAUCUCCAAUCUCCUCAUUCCUAGCCCCUUAACUGCCACUCAUAACCAGAUCCCGUAUACACAACCCCGAUAUUCGAAAAGAAUUCAAACUCCCUCGACCCAUUUCAUUUUGGUACUUGAAUCACUGUGAAUGAUGGCUAGACCUAGACGGUGACCUUUGGCAGUGGUCGAAAUUUUCACUGGAGUCAAAAUCUGGAAAGCUUUUAUCUUCCCGGCAGAGAAAGCAAAGAGAAUUUGGGAAGCUCAUUUGGACUCCAUCAGCAUUGGCUGCUUACUCACUCUAAUUUUGCCCCAAGUCUCCAAAUUUGAUGUGCUGACUGGUUGAAUCGGCUAACCCAACCGGAAGCCGAUAUGUCCUCAACUCUGCUAGAGGUGACUCGGGCUGCUCACGAAGAUGUGGAACGGCUUGAGCGGCUCAUAGUGAAGGACUUGCAAAAUGAUCCACCUACCACAAAAGACGGAUUGUAUCAAAGCCACCGUGUCCGCAAUAAUAUCGACACCAUCAUCUCCACCACGGAGAAGCUAGUUGAAAUAUAUGACGAUAAAGACAAUGCUAGGAAAGACGAAAUCGCUGCUCUUGGAGGUCAAACGGCUACUGGAGUUAAUGUCUUCAGUGCUUUUUAUGAUAGAUUGAAGGAGAUUCGUGAGUACCACAGAAAGCACCCGGCUGCUCGUGUUGUCGAUGCUAAUGAAGAGUAUGAGGAUUUACUUAAGGAAGAACCAGUCAUUGAGUUCAGCGGCGAGGAAGCCUUUGGUCGGUACCUGGACCUGCACGAAUUGUUCAAUCAGUACAUUAAUUCUAAAUUUGGAGCCAAAAUUGAAUACUCGGCUUACCUCGAUGUCUUUUCACAGCCACACAAUAUCCCUUGGAAAUUGAAGUCAACAAGGCAAUACAGGAAGUACAUGGAGAAUCUUCUGGAGUAUCUUAUUUACUUCUUUCAGAGGACUGAACCACUGCAAGAUCUUGACAGAAUCUUUUCCAAGCUCGAGGCUGAGUUUGAGGAGCAGUGGACUAAUGGCCAGGUACAAGGAUGGGAGAAGCAAGGUCAAGAAAAUGAAGAUGAUCCUGCCCAGCAUACCAUGAUUGAUCUUGAUUAUUACAGCACAGUUGAAGAGCUGAUGGAAGUUGGUCCAGAAAAGUUGAAGGAGGUAAUUUUGGUCCUCUUUGAUUAUGUCAUCAUUGCAAGCCAGUUUGUUGUAGUGACUCCAAUCUCUUCAGUGCUGAGAAAUGCAUUGGCAGUCUUAGGACUAAAAACUGGUGGUACUGUCCAGCAGCGGGCAGAGAGGCUUUUGCUCACCAAGCACACACCGCUGGAAAAGCUGGACAAGAAACAUUUUGCAAAAGGCUCACAUGGACCUCAACAAAAUGGGUCUACUGCAGUUUCACAAGACAUUAACAGUCUGAAACAGAUUGCAUUAGUGGAGGCCAAGAUGAAGAAACUCUGUGAUUUACUGAGUAAGACGAUUGAACAAACAAAAGAAAAUGUAGUAAAGAAGCAAGCGUUGACAUACGAGGAAAUGGAACAAGAACGGCAGGAGGAAGAGACACAAGUUGACACUGAAAGUGAUGAUGAAGAUCAACAGAUCUAUAAUCCUCUUAAAUUGCCAAUGGGUUGGGAUGGGAAGCCUAUCCCUUACUGGCUUUACAAACUUCAUGGUCUUGGUCAGGAGUUUAAGUGUGAGAUUUGUGGGAACUACAGCUACUGGGGUCGUCGGGCCUUCGAGAGGCAUUUCAAAGAAUGGCGGCAUCAACAUGGCAUGCGAUGCCUUGGUAUCCCUAACACUAAGAACUUCAAUGAAAUAACCAAUAUUCAGGAAGCACAAGAACUGUGGGAGAAGAUAAGAGAACGGCAAGGAGUGAACAAGUGGCGUCCAGAUCUUGAAGAAGAAUACGAAGAUAAAGAGGGCAACAUCUAUAACAAGAAGACGUAUACCGAUCUGCAGCGGCAAGGACUGAUUUAAAGACGCGUCCGUUAAGAAUCGGAGUGUUUUGUGUUUGACAUGGUGCAUAUCGCUGCUAUGGUUUCCUUGAUCAUCAUAUAUGUAUGAUUAAUGCUUUUGUGGGAAGCCUGAGGGGUAGAAGUUGGAAUAGUUUAAUUGUCUCAAUUUGUAGCUGAACUAAACUCAAAUACUAGUUAGUUCAAAGUGAGUUAAAACCUGGAAGUUUCAUUUGCACAAGACCUUGUGAAUACGAAAGCUGAGCCAUUGACGCCUUAA